UUCCUAGUUCAAAGGUCGAAGACGUUAAACGCAUGCUGCCUGGAACGGGAACAACAACAAACCGCUGAAUUAGCCAAACGUUAACAUUGCCUUUACAUUUCUUAUUUUUCUGUGUUGGUACCGUUGCUCGUUAUUGACAGAAAUGUCCGGAAAGGCCAAGGAUAUCUUACAGAUGGACCUGUAUGGUUUACUUGGUAUUGAAAGCACUGCUACAACAAAAGAGAUCAAGAAAGCUUAUCGACAGAAAGCCUUGACAUGCCAUCCAGACAAGAACCCAGACAACCCAAAAGCAGUGGAGCUCUUCCACCAGUUGUCCCAGGCUCUCGAGGUGCUAACUGAUGCUGCUGCCAAGGCUGCCUAUGACAAGAUUUGCACUGCCAAGAAACAGGCAGAAGAAAGAACCAGGAAGCUAGAUGAUAAGAGAAAAAAAAUUAAGCUUGACUUGGAGGCCAGAGAGCAACAAGCAGAAGCUCAGAGUCAGGAAGAGGUGCAAAACACUAGAACACUUGAAGAAGAGAUAGCCCGUUUGAGAGAGGAGGGAUCCAGGCAGCUUGAGGAGCAACAGAGGCUCAUCAGAGAACAGAUCCAGAGAGAAAGAGAAGAACAGCAGCUGCAAACAGGAGUCUACAACUCAGGAGUGGAGAGAUGUUCCAAGAGCAAUGUGACCCCCAAAUUGAAGUUAAAGUGGAAGUGUAAAAAAGAUGACGAGACGAAUGGAGGCUACUCUCAAGACAUUCUUUUCAGACUUCUACAAAAGUAUGGGGAUGUUUCAAAUGUGAUUGUAUCGAGAAAGAAGAGAGGAAGCGCUGUGGUUGAAUUUGCAACAGUGAGAGCAGCUGAGCUGGCAACUAAGAAUGAAAGUGGCCUGAGUGAAAAUCCUUUGAAGAUUUCAUGGCUCGAAGGACAGCCCGAGGUUAUUGCUCCAGCAUCUCAACCUGGCCAGUUCAUGUCUUUACAGGUGUGGUCUGCUGCCUAUCCUCUAAAGGAAGUCUAUCAGCCUCCUUAAGACUUCCAGUAACAAAAGCAAGUCCCACAUGGUAAUUGUCCUGCGUCAAACAGGUUUUGUAGGCCUGUAAAGGUUUUAUCGGCACUUUAGUAGCAGCGGGAGACUGGAGAGCGUGGACACAACAGCAUUCCUUUCCAAACAUGUCAGUUUGGCCAAGGAGGAGU